UAUUACAGCUUUUUCGGUGAAACGAAACUCUUCACCAUCUGGAGACUGGAAAGUGACCACACUUGAUAGAUCAGCUGCUUAGAAAAAAGCAAACAAACAAACAAACAAAAACAUGAAUAGCAAACCUGCAAUGAAUAAUGUAAAGCAAGGAGAUCUCAGGAUUGUACUUGUUGGGAAAACUGGAGUUGGGAAGAGUGCAGCAGGAAACACCAUUUUAGGAAGAGAUGCUUUUAAAUCUGAGCUGUCUUCUUCCUCAGUGACAGAAGUGUGUGAGAAAAAGAUGGGAGAGUUUGGUGGCCUUAAACUGGCUGUAAUUGAUACACCAGGACUGGGUGACACAAAUAAAUCUGAAGAGCAGGUGAGGAGAGAGAUUGCUCGAUGCAUGUCCUUUGCUGCUCCUGGGCCACAUGUUUUUUUGGUUGUGCUCCAGCCAACCAGAUUCACAAAAGAAGAACAAAAAUCAGUGAAAAUCAUUCAGACAAUAUUUGGAAAAGAGGCACCGCGUUACACCAUGGUCCUGUUUACCCAUGGAGAUGAGCUGAAGAAAAGACAUGCCUCCAUAGAAAAAUUAAUUAAUGAGAAUCCAGAUCUCCGCCGCUUCAUCAGUCAAUGUCACAGAAAUUAUCAUGUUUUUGACACCGAUGACAGAGAUACCUCUCAGCUCACAGAGCUGCUGCUGAAGAUCCGUGCAAUGGUUCAACUUAAUGGAGGAGGCUUCUACACCAACGAAAUGUUCCAAGAGGCUGAGAGAGCCAUAAAACAAAAAAUUGAAGAACUUCUGAGAAAACAUCCAGGCAUGAAUCUUGAAGAAGCAAGAAGAAAGGCAGAGGAAGACAACUCCUUUGUUCAGGCUGUUCUAAAGGGUGUUGUUAUUGGAGCUGCUGCUGGAGCAGCCGCUGCUGGAGUUGCCGCUGCUGGAGCAGCCUCUGCUGGAGCAGCCGCUGCUGGAGCAGCCGCUGCUGGAGCAGCCGCUGCUGGAGUUGCUGUUGCUGGAGUUGCUGCUAAAGCUGGUGUUGCUGGAGCUGUUGUUGCUAGAGCUGCUGUUGGAGCUGCCGUUGGAGGUGGUGUAGGAGCUGGUGUUGCAGCUGCAUCUGUCGGGGUUCCAAAACAAGAUAUAUAUUUCAGAGUGAAAGAUGCAACAGGAUGCAUCGUACAGUAAUUAGAUCAUUCCACCCAUAUGAUAAAUUUAGAUAAACUUUAAACUAUAAUUCAUAUAUAUUGUUAAUAUUUUCUAGUCUGUCACCAUAUUAUCUUUAUCAUGAGGCUGAUUUGUGCUCUGAUAUAGAUAGAGAUUAGCAUCUUAUUUCUUUAAUUAAAUGUGUGAUUAAAUGGUUUUUUAUUUUUUUUGUCUGUCCUUAUGCUGUAUGUCAGUAGAAGACCGUGUCUAAACUGAUUCUCAUGCACACACACACACACACACACAUUUAUGUGUGUGUACAUGUGUGGCGUGUGGGGUUUUCUGUUGAUUAAAAAUCAGAACAAUUCUGUGCCUUUCCUGUACUUUAUGCAUGUUCUAAUAAAAUAUAAAGAUGACAA